AUGGAUUAUGGUAACAGUUCCCGUUAUCUGUUACAGUACAUUCUGUCGGCUAGAGGCAUAUGCCACGAAAAUGCCCUAGUAGUAGCGUUAAUGAGGCUUUAUAUGGAUUUAGGAUGUUUUGAUGACGCAUGGCAGAUUGAUCAAUGGCUGCACGAAUUACACGAAAACAUUAACUCAAUCAAUGUUAAAUUGAAUCCGUUAAGCUAUAAAGUUGUGCAAGUGCGUCAUGGGCUUGGUAAAACUGCUGUGACUAUGAAAAAUGAACAAAAUUUUGGGAUUCCCAAUAGAGGUUCUGAAUUACAGCAAAUUGUACUUCCUAAGAGCAGUAGGUUCUAUGUCUAUGUCAACGUGACGCCGAGUGACGAGACCAAACUGUCAACAAGGUUCCAACCAAGGGAGAUCGAGUUUAUCAAGUGGUGUAUAGAGACGUUUUGUGCUAAAGGCUCCGUCGUUUCCAAUGAACCAGUAUCGAAUUCGUCCAUCGUAGUGAAGGAAGUACACAGAAUAAUACAAAAUUUGACAGGUGAACCAGUAGCUGAAGCAUGGACGCGGCAUUCGACGUUUGCAGUCGGCUCUAAAGAACUGUCGCAGUAUGAGGAUUUGAGUGCGUUGGAAAUUGAACAAUUGUUGGUUAAAUUGUGUGAAUACAAGUGGCUAUAUAGAACUAAUCAAGGUGAGUUUGGUAUGGAUGUAAGGUUGAUCGCCGAAUUGCAAGAGUUUUUAGUCAACGAGUAUUCACUCUCUCUCUGUGCACACUGCGACACUUUGGUCACCUAUGGUGUUAUGUGUGGAAGUGCCCAUUGUUUGCAAGAGGAGGAUUCUGAGAGAACCGUCUGGCAUGUGGACUGUUUCCAACAUCAUGUAACACACGUGAGUAAGAACUGUGGUAAAUGCGACGAAUCGUUACUUGUAAAUGGUAUAUACAUUAUUUAA